AUGGACGUUGGCAGCGCAGUCCAGGCGCAUCGAUUGCUGGCAGAAGCCGAGAUUUACUGUCGCCAACAGGAUCGCAGCAAUACAGCCAAGACACUGGAGAGGGAUCUGAUCGUCGGCAAAAUUGCCUCCGCAGAAGAGAGACUGUGGAUGGCACGGCGGCGCAAUGAUGAACUGCAAGCCAGAGUUCGAAGCCUCGAGGAGGCACUGAAGAGCUGCAGACGCCACUCCGCACGUCUGGGAAGCCAGCUCUUCCAUGGCUCUGGCCCAGUGCCGUCCAAAGCAGACGUCACAAGCCUCGAAACCGACAAGGACUGGAGGCAGCUAGCUCUCCGCAUCCCACGAAUGCGCAAGGCCCGGGAAACUGCGCGGCCUAUCCAUGCACUCUACAAGGCCGGCAUGUCCGAGGAGCAUUUGGAACCCCAGGAGCCUGGACUCCUGGCUCCAAGGGAAGGCGACCGACCAUCUGCUGAUGCCCAGGUACCCGUCCGCUGCGGGGUCGGCAAAGCCUCGAAACUUGAAGAGCUGGAAAGGGUAGGAGGAAGCCAGUUUCCCAGCAAGGGUGGCCGCUCUGGUGCUGCACAACUUAUCAGCCUUUCUGUUGGCCCACCGCCAAAGCUCAUCUUCACCAUAAAUGGCAAGCCAUUGCUCCCUGGUGAGGACCGGAUGCUAAGCAGACAUGAUCAACCACCUUACGACACCUUCAGCGAGCAAAGUGGCCACUGUGCCAAAGCACGUUUGAGCUUGUUCUGUGUGGUCCCAGUUCAUGGUGGAUGGCCUCCGGUCGGCCUCUUAGACACAUCCGGUUGUCCCUGCGUCGUGGCCACAGAAGCUCCAUUGCAGAACUUCAAUGACUUUAAUGCCUGGUGCCCAUGGUGCCCAUGGCGCCUAGGUCUAGAGGAGCUAGGCGUGGAGCUCAACCUGGCCUGGCAUCGCCUGCGGCAUGUGGGGCGUGGCUCACAGCAGGUGGAGCACAACUCGGACGACGAGCUCUACGACGAGUCCCGGUUUGGCCGCAAGAAGAGACGGAAAGGAGCUGCAAAAGCAACGGGCGCCAAGGAGCCGUCCAAGCUCAGGACAGAGACUCCGAAGAGCAAAGCAGACAGCAAGGCAGCUGAGGAUCCCGCUGUAAAAGAGGUGCCAGUGGAAGGGUCUAAGGAGCCGGAGGAGCCCACGCAGGCAAACGUCGGCCCAGGUGCCGCAGGCUUUGCCCAAGCUGGCCAAGCACCGGGACCACAGAGCUCACAGGUCCCUUCCUCUCGGGUUGUGGAGGCUCGGCCGCCGGUUUUGGGCUAUGGAAAGGGCCCCAAAGGCGGCAAGGGAAGCUUCCCUGGUCAAUGGGCCUGGCCCCAAAAUGCCUGGGGACACUUCGGCAAAGGUGCACCUGUCCCUGGACCUGAAGCCUGGGCCUGGAACCAGGAGUUUGCCGGCAAGGGCAGCGGCUAUCCGACCCCUGGAUUCGGUGAGGGCUCUUGGACUCAGCCCACUUUUACGGGAGGCUGGUGA